AUGUUUCUUGUAGUUUACGAUUAUGUUUUCGAGCAGCAGGCACUGUGGGAUGAAUGGCACGAUCCAUCCGUUUUAGACCAGAAGUUAAAAGAUAUCUAUCAACAACAUGUGGAUCGUGACACCAUUGUGAUGCCCCUGAUGCAGAUGUACGAUUGUAUCUUGACACAGGUAUCACACGUAUUUAAUCCUUUUGAUGGUUUGAAAUUUGAAAAAGUACUUGCAAUACUGAUUGAUCUGCAUGAAAAGUAUCAAGAACAAGAAAAAACAAAUGAUGGUAGCAGAGAAGUUUGUUAUAUUAACUUUACGAACGUCAUUAAACGAUGCAUAGGGAAUUUACAUCUACAGAACCUAUUUUUUAUUAACACGGCUUGUGAAGAUCUUGCAGACGCAGAAAUGGAGCAGACGAUCACAUUCGUAACCGCAGCAUUGGAAGAAGUUCAUGGUCACUAUUCGGAUUCUCAUCCAUUAUUCCAGGUCAAGAAAGAAGAUAUGAGUUCAUACAAUGAUUACUUCUCUGGCCCUGCCAUGCUCAUAUAUCUAAUAUAUUGUCGGAAACAGUACGCGGAAGCCUCAAAAUAUGCUUUGUACACACUCGUCGACAAUCAAGAUAGGAUUGCUUCGAAUUUCCUCCGCAGUCAAGUAGCCCUACAGAUUCCCUUGUCCACAUUUAUUUGUGAUGAUCGAUUGCUACGGUUUCUGGCUGAAGCGAGUACAGCUCAGACAAAUCCUGUAGAUCGUACUUUCAAUCCGCGAGAAUGUCCAGUAAUAUUUGUUUCCCCUCUACCACUCAUCAUUCACGUUUACAUACUUUCCAUGAUUGCGUUGGACUUCGAAAAUAAGGAGGCGAUCAGUAGCACAUUUACUAUGAGCACAUGUUUAUCAUUACUUGAAGGCUGUUAUGACACUGAUAAAGUUCCAUUCAAUAAAUUUUUAUAUGAUCAAACCAAGGUUGCCUAUGAUAGUUAUGCUGACCAACGGCGAAUACGGGAAGGUGGUCAUUGGGAUCCAUAUCUAACGUUAGACGAUAAUAGUACAGAUUCUGAAGACGAAAAGAACGAGAAUAAAUAA